AUGACUCCCCUUAUUGAAAAUAUUGACAUCCCCAGGGAUAUUUCCUUAGCUGAUUACAGAUUUAACACACCUGAGGAAAUUGAUUUAUUACUGGGUGCAGAAUGUUUCUUUGACUUAUUAAAAUCGGGUCAAGUUCGCAGCGCGACAAAAGACUUAUUGUUCCAGGAAACGGUUUUUGGAUUCGUAGUUAGUGGUAUUGUGCAUAAUUCACCACUUGAAUCACAAUACUGUGGUCUGCUUACGCAAAAUGAAAAAAUUGAAGAAACAUUGCAAAAAUUCUGGGAGGUAGAAAAUAUUAAUUUUCCGGAUUCAGCACUUAGUCCUGAAGAGAAAUAUUGCGAAAAACAUUUUAAUGAAACUCAUUAUCGAACCUCGGAAGGUCAGUACGUCGUAUGCAUGCCCAUGAAGGACUCUGAAUUGUUGGGCGAGUCUAGAUAUUUAGCAGAGAAAAGACUUAAUCAGGUUUGGGAACGAUUGGGUCGGGACUCGAAUUUACAACGAUUGUAUUCUGAAUUCAUGCAAGAAUACAAGGAUUUAAAGCAUAUGGAACUAGCUGAGGGAUCUGAAUCCAUAAAUGAUUCGUACUACCUGCCUCACCAUGGGGUUUACAGACCAGACAAAAGUAGUACACGUUUAAGAGUGGUUUUUAACGCCUCAACUGCCACGACAUCGGGAUUGUCAUUAAACGAUAUUUUGUUGAAGGGAAGAAUUCCACAGCAGGAAUUAUUUUCUAUAAUGGUUAGAUUUAGAAAACAUCGCUACGCCUUCACAGCAGAUGUACAAAAAAUGUAUCGACAGAUUCUAGUACAUCCUCCACAAAGAGACUUGCUCAGAAUUCUAUGGAAAGACAGUGUUGAUGCACCAGUGCAAACUUAUAAGCUCAACACAGUAACGUAUGGGACGUCAAACGCUCCCUAUCUAGCAACUCGAGCUCUUAAACAGUUAGCUAUAGAUGAAAGCCAAAACUUACCUCUAGCAUCGUCCGUCGCUCUUACUGACUUCUAUGUCGACGACAUACUUUCCGGAGAAUCAUCACUCGAAAAGGCUAGAAUUCUACAAUCCCAAUUAAUAGAUUUGUUAAAAUUAGGAAAAAUGGAAUUGCAUAAAUGGCGUGCAAAUCAUCCAGAUCUGCUUGUGUCUGAAAAUAAGGUUACCGCUCAUUCAGAAUACACUUUUGAAGAGCAACAAGAAUCUUCGUCCGUAAAAACUCUUGGUGUCCUAUGGAAUCCUCAGACUGACUGUUUUUUUGUUUACAAUGACCAUUCCUCACUCUAA